AAUCAGCUGUGAGAGCGGCGUGGCGCCGUAUGCCGCGACUCUUACCCGCUGUCAGUUGCUCGAGCCCUGUGCUACGGUUAGGACCGCGACGACUAUCUCGUCAUAUUUUCGAACGAACGAGAGAGAUAGAUAGAUAGAUAGAGAGAGAGAGAGAGAGAGAGAUAUUCAAAGUGUUACCUCGAUCGUCGUCAGAAGAAGAAAAAAGAAAAAGAAGAAGAAGAGGAGAAGGAAGAAUAAACCUUCGUCCUGUCUGUCUCUCUCUCUAGUCCUCCUUUUCAAACUCACGAUCGAUCUCCAUCUGUAUCCUUGUCUAUCCUCCGGCGACCGGCGACCUUUCCAACCCUCCAACUCGAUCUUUUUCGAUCUUCUUGUGUGAAUUUUUCUACCUGGGUGGGGAGGAAUAAGAGGAACGGAUAGAAGAUAGAUGGAGAGAUUGACAGAUAUAUAGAUAGAUAGAUAGAUAGAUAGAUAGAUAGAUAGAUAGAUUGAUUGAUUGAUAGAUUGAUAGAGAAAGGGAAUAUUGGAUUUUUCGAGGAUACGAGAGAAGGAAGGAAAGAGAGAGAUAAUAUCGGUUCGGUUUUUGUGGUGGAAUAAAAAGUGACACGAUUAUUCGGGGAAUAGAAAAAGAAAAAGAAAAAAAGAAAUAGAAGGGAAAAAAUAGAAUUGACGAUUUAACAAUCGGCUAGUUUUGGAGAAACUAUGAAAAUGACGAUGGCGGUCUUCUGGUAGAGGCAGGACUUUCCUCCUCCAGGAUCGCGAGAAAUGGCGUACGGAAUAUCCUUUGAAGCUACUCUCAGCGGCACUGUACUUUUCCUACUGGUACUGCUACAGGCGGCACUGGUGUGGGAGGAGGUACGAGCCGCACCGGCGAAGAGAAACGACAUACUAGCUGGGACGGAGUUCCUUUCGGUCUUCAUAAACGGCGCUAUGGCGCCGGCGCCACAACGGCGACGAGGAUUCCGUCGAGGUGGUCACUCGUCAUCGUCGUCGUCGUCGUCUUCUUCGUCUUUGUCGUCUUCGUCUUCCUCGUCGUCGUUAUCGUCUUCAUCGUCAUCGUCGUCGUCGUCGUCGUCGUCGUCGUCGUCGUCGUCGUCUUCUUCGUCUUCGGCCUCAUCUUCGUCGUCCACAGGUGACAGCGUUAGCUCAGAAUCGCAACACGAAGCUUCGAUAUACAGAAUCUCGAGGAAUCCGAGUGGCCGAACAGGUAGCGUCGCUAGGACAUCCCAAAAUUCAUCGGGUGGACGUAAUCCCGACGAAAUCGUUCGUUUUUAUCCUAUAAGCCGUGAAAGAACGUUCGACAAUGGACAACAAAAUCUUGCUUCGCUGAUCGACGAUCUCAGUAUGGCUACGAGCUUCUCGCCGAAAGUUAACAACGAUAAUAAUCAAUCGUCCAGGUCGAACGGCACUGUUGUUAGCAAUGUUAGCAAUCAGAGAGGAGCUAGCAGGCAAAAGGUUAUAGGCGUGAGCGUAACUUCGACGGUCGAGGCUACACCAUACAAAGUCAGAGUUGAGCAUUACGAUAGCUCCGACGCUGGUGUAGUAGUCACCAGGCCGCCUACUUUCAUUUCGACGUCUAAGAAAAAUUCCGAGAGGUCUACGUCUAGGACUACUUCACGGUCGGUAACCGAGAGAUCUACUUCGCCUACAUCGACAACUACAUCGAGUACUACGACUACUACAACCGUGAUGACGCCUUUGCCAGCUCGUUUGGUCACCGAGGAACUUACUAACAUCGUCUCGGAAUCAAAUAGAAGCGAAUUCUCCGUCGACGAGGGUUUGCCGAGAACGAGCUGGCGUCAUCGCGGAUCGAUCACUCCAAGAACAACGAGCAAACAUACCUCGGUAUACGGAUCGUCCGAUAAGCAACGUUCCGAAAGCAGUACUAUAUUGGGAAAUGAUAAUCCAUCUGGUACCGAGGUAACCGAAGAAAAUUACGAGCUAUCCGAAGAGAAUUCCGAGCCACACGAGAUACACGAGGAACCGAUGGAAAUCGAUUCGGAGCAAUUACAGCCGCAAGGUAGGAAAGCCGGUAGACAUUACGAGGGUUCUCACUUUAACAGAGCUAAUUCGAAAUACGGUCAAUCCACGAAAGGUUUCAAAUCGUCCCGACAAUACAGCGAGCCUGCUAAGGUGUACAGCGAACCUGCUAAGGUUUACGGCGAACCUGAAAAGGUCUAUGGCGAGCCAGCUAAGGUCUAUGGCGAACCGUCGAAGGUUUAUAGCGAACCAGCCAAAGUCUAUAGCGAGCCUGCUAAAGUGUACGGGGAGCCAGCUAAAAUAUACGGUGAGCCUGAAAAAGUCUAUGGCGAACCCUCGAAAAUUUAUUCAGAACCAUCCAAGAUCUAUUCCGAGCCAGCCAAAAUAUAUUCCCAGCCAUCUAAGAUCUAUGGCGAACCUAGCAAGGUAUACGAUUCGGAAGGACAACCGUUGAUUAGAAACGAUCACGAAUCAGGUGGUGAACCCGACGAAGAGAAUUACGAGGUCGACGAAUCCGUCAGCGUCGGUACCAAUGGGAAAGCUUACGGUCCACAAUUGACGAUAACCGAAGCACCAAAUUCUUCGGACGUUGAAGAUGGCCACAAGGUCGGCUACGUCGAGGAAGGUCGCAAUUAUCACAAGUACAGAGUAGAGGAAAGGACACCCGAUGGUUUCAUCGUUGGCGAAUACGGUGUCGUCAGUCACGACGAUGGCUCGCUCAGAGGUGUCAGGUACACCGCUGAUGGUACCAUAGAUCCUAGACUGAUCUACGACGCACUUAUGAAGUUCCUGGCUCUCUGAGGAUCGAAAGAAAAGUCGAUAGAAGAAAGAAUGGGAUGAUCACCCUGGGAAGCCUAUUAAAAAGAUAAAGCGAAUGAUUUUCGUUUCAACGAUCGUUGUCAAUGGAAGCAUUAGUUUUUUUCAAUGAUCCUAUUUUAUCAUAUUAUUUAUUUUAAUAGUUGCGAUGAAAAAGAAAAUACGAUUCCGCGUAUAGAUCAUCCUACUUUUUAAUACUCGUGUUUGUUGCAAAAAAUGUGUCUUCCAUUGACCGGUGGUUGAACGAGAGAUACGCAACGACUGAUUUCUUAUAUUAAUUUUGUUUUCUUCUUCUUCUUCUUCUUCUUCUUCUUUUUAUAUUUUUUCUUCUUCUCUUCUUUUUACUACUGUCUCUUUCUUUCUUUCUUUUUUUCUUUCUUUCUUUCCUUGCCAACUCAACUGCCUCAGAAUAUAAUUGUUAAGCGAUCGAAAUUUUUUUUUAAUCCCUUUUUUUUUCUUCUCGUUUUUCUUCUUUUUUUUUGUUUCUUUCUUCUCUUUUUUUUAUUUUUUAUUUUUCUUCCCUUUUUAUUUAAGACGACAAAAUAUGUCGGACUUUGACAAUUGAUCGAUCGAUCGAUCGAUUGCGAGAUCGAUGACGAACGAAAGUUGUCCUUUCGUCGAUAGAGAAAGUAUCGUGAACUUUUCUAACGUUAUUGUGUCUAAGUACGUAUGAGAGUGACCUUCGUCGAUGAUCGCUUCGCAUGCUAGCCGCCUACUCGAAACGAUCCUUCUCUCUCUCUCUCUCUCUCUCUCUCUCUCUCUCUCUCUCUCUUACUUUCUCUCUCUCUCUCUCUUUCUUUUUUCGGACUUUCGAAGGCUAUAUUUGCAUCGAUCCUGUUUUACGAGAAUCGAAUUGGUUCAGGUAUUAAAAGGAAAAAAGAAAGUAAAUAAAUACAAAAAAAUGACAUUAACGAUGGAGGACAUUCGUUAGCAUGAUGAUAAAGGACACGAUGCAAAAUGAGAUUAAAAAUAGUGUUCGUUUCGUAAUAGGCAAGUUUGGGACGGACGUUCCUUGUAAUUUGAAUGAUUUUUCUCGAUUUUUCUUUCUUUCUUUCUUUCUUUCUUUCUUUUUUCUUCGUCUCUCUCUCUCUCUCUCUCUCUCUCUCUCUCUCUUUCUCUCUCUCUGUUUCUUUCUUUUUCGUAUCUCGAAGGAAAGAAAAAGAAGAAAUUUGAGAAAAUACGUGCGGUACGGGCGAACGUUCGAUAAUUAGGUAAAAAGUAAUAUCACGGAGAUGACGCUUCUGCGAUGAAGAGGUACACGAAAUGAGUAGCAGCUGCCCGAGCCUUUUGUUGGGAUAUAAAAAUAUCAUUCCUUUUCUUUUUUCUUUUUAUCCAAUGCGCGACAAAAAAAAAAGAAAAAGAAAAAAAAAAGAAAUUGAAGAAUUCCUUCGAUCGAUUUUUUUUUUUUAAUUCUUUUAUGCAGAAAACAGAGAAAACGAAAUUGAAGAAUGCCUUUCGAUUGAUUUUUUUUAUUAUUUUUUUUUCUUUUUUUUUUUCUUUCUUUGUAAAAGUAUAAAACGAAAAAAAAAAAUGCAAGAGCCCGUUCAAUCGAUUCCUCUUCGUUAGUUUUGUGUGUGCUUUUUUUAAUCGAACUUUAGAAAAAAAAAAAGAAGAAAAAAGGGAGAGAGAAAAGUAGAAGAAUUCGUUCAAUCGAUUUUUUUUUUGUCCAUCCUUCUCUCCAGAAGGCUCCGCCGCUGCGACGAAUUUUACCGACUUGUCGCGGCAGCGUUUUCGACGGCUUUAAUUAAGUAAUCUUUAAUUUUAGAAAGUAAGUCUAAGUUAAUGUUAACGUUAACAUUAUAGUUAAGCUUGAGUUGAAUCGAUUUCAGUUGAAUUGAGUUAACGGAACGAAUUAAUUGAAAUGAUUAUUAAUUAUAUUUUGGGAACGCACACUAUAGUCGUUUAAAAUAUCUUCGUUUACGUCAUGGAUGUAUGUAUGUAUCUCAAUCAAACGAGAAACGAACUUUUAGAAUUAUCUAUCUAUCUCUAUCUUCAUCUCUAUCUCUUCCUUUCUUUCUUUUUAUCUACUUAUUUCUUUUUUUUUUCUUUCUUUCAUAUCGUUUUAGAACGCGUUAGUUCAUUCUUCCUCAUUACCUCAACCUUUCGAGAUAAGUUCCUCUUUCUCUCUACGUAACGAUGCCACUGUGUAAUUCGCAUGUCGAACUCAAACGACCUUUCGACGAACUUUAUAUCGUAUCGUUCCCUUCGAGAGACCUAAUCGAAUUAAGAAAAGAAAUUUGUGAAAGUCCAGCCCCCUUGUAUAAAAGAUAAUAUCUUGAAAAUAUUAUCUAGAUAUAGUUUCUAUCGUUCUUCUUCAUUUUCUUUCUUUUUCUUUUUUCUUUUUUUUACUUUCUUCUUCUUCUCUUUUCUUUUCUUUUUUUUUCUUUUCUUUUUACAUUCCUUUUUGUUGUCCUCAUCUAUAUCCUAUCAGUGAUGGCGAACUGGUUUUCUUUCUGUUCUUCUUCUUCUUCUUUUUUUUAUUUUUUUUUGUUUUGUUUUCUCUUCUUUCCUUCUUUUGUGUCGCGAUGGCGCUCGGAAUCGAAUUAAAAAAGAAAUGUUUCUAUUUAUCAGUAUCGAUUAUAUGGAUCGAGUAAUUUGAAAGAGUAAUAAAAUAAAUUUGUAAUAUUUAA